AUGAUUGUUAAUCGUCAUAAUUAUUUAUAUACCAAUAAAAAUAAUAAUGAACAAAAUAUUUUGGGAUAUUUAGAAACAAAAAAUUAUACUGUAUAUUGGUCAUCAAAUAAUAAUAAUGAUAAUGAAUUAGAUAAUUUAACAGAAAAUCUUAUAUAUGCAAAUUCAAAAUUAGGAAAAUUAUUUCAACAAGAAGUAUCAUUUCCAAAAAUUAAACUAAAAUAUUUUGAUAAUAAAAGUAUAUUAGAAGAUGAAUUAAAUAGUUGUAAAAAAAAUUUUUUUGGUUCUUGUUCAAAUAUUUUAUUUGGUCUUUAUAUUGUAUAUAAUUCAAAUGAAAAUAAAAAAAAUUAUACUAUUUAUCUUUUUGAUAAAGAAAAAAAAGAGAAUAAUUAUUUAUUAGGAAAUAUUAAAUAUUCUACAAUGUUAACAUUAUUACAGAAAAAUAUGACAAAAAAUAAUUUUAACAAUAUACCAUAUAUAUUUAUUUAUGAUGUUAGUAAGGCGGAAUCAAUGUCGUAUAAUUUUAUUGAAAAUUCUAGACAAUUUUUAUAUAUGAAUUAUUGUUAUCAACUUUUUUCAACAAUAUUUAUAAUUGCUUCUGUUAAUAAUAUUGUUAAACAAAGAAAUGGAAUGUUAAAAAAAUACUUACAUGACAUUGGAGUUUCAAGAUUUAUAUUUUUUGGUUCAUGUAUCCUUCGUCCAUUAAUUGAAAUGAUUAUAUUUUUUUGUAUCUCUGGAAGUAUACUUUUAAGUUGGUGGUUACCAGAACUUAAUAUAUCUUUAUUUAAUUUUACUAUAUGGAAAAUAUUAUAUUCUCUUGGUGCAAUGGGAUUUGGUGUAAUUUUAACUUCAUUAUGUGAUGGAAAAAAAGAUAUUUUGAUAACAAUAAUUUUUUGGUUAAUGUUUAUUCAUUUAGAUAUUGGUGAAGUUGUUGGAUUGACUUCUUAUAAUAUUUUAUCUGUACUGAAUAUUAAUGUUAUUGACAACAACUUAGCUCGCCUUCAAACUAUUCCAUUAUAUUAUGAUAUGAAAAAUAAAACAAAACAUUUUCCUUUAGAAUUAAAUUAUAAAAAUGAAUUUUUUGAUACAUUUGAAUUUCAAUUUAUUUGGCUUUUUAUGAAUAUGUUUUUUUGUUAUGGUUUUGGUAUUAUUGUUGAUAAUUUAUGGCCAAAUGAUUCAUAUAAUCAAUUUUCAUUUUUAUAUUAUAUAAGAUUAUUAAGAAAUUAUGGUUAUGUUAGGCAUAUACUUGAUAAAGAUGAUUAUCAUGAUUUAAAUAAAGCAAUUAGAAGUACUGAUACAAAAAAGAAAAAUACUAUUAAAAAUGAAGUAACAAAUAAUAGUAAAUAUAAAAAAAAAAUUAUUGUUGGUAAACAUAUAACUAAAAUAUAUAAAGCAACAGGUGAAACAGCUUUAGAAGAUGUUAAUUUUAUAUUUAAAUCAAAUGAAAUUAAUGUUAUAAUUGGUUUUAAUGAAUCUGGUUUAGGAACACUUAUGGAAAUAUUAGCUGGUGCUUCAAAACCAUCAAAAGGUCGAGUGACAUAUUUUAAUAAAUCAUUAAAAAAUUUUGGAAGACAUAAAAUAGGAUAUUGUCCACAUUAUACUGUUACAUAUACUGGUAUGACUGUAGAAAUGGCUAUAAAAGUUUUUUCAAUAAUUAAAAAUAAUGAAUAUCGAGGAUUAAAUAAUAUUAAGAAUGAAUAUUUAUUUAUGAAUUAUGAUGUUGAAUUAUUGGUAGAAACUUUAGGAUUAACUGAUUAUAUGGAUAUAAAUUGUGAACAUUUACCUGAAAAAAUACAAAUUUAUCUUAAUUUAUGUAUGGCAUUUGUUGGAAAUCCAAGAAUUAUAAUACUUAAUGGUAUUUUAGAUAAAUUACCAAGUGAAGAUGUUGUUAAAAUAAUAAGUAUUUUAAAAGAUAUGAAAGAAGUUAAAACAAUUAUUGUGUCAACACAAGAUAUGGAAAUAGCUGAUCAAUUAGCUGAUCACAUUCUUUUAAUGAAAAGAGGAAAAGUUGUGGAUAGAGGACCAUUUGAAGAACUUAAAAAAAUUCAUUGUUCAUAUGCUAAAUUAGAUAUACGUUUAAGAAGAAGUUUAAUUAGUGAUGAUGGAAAUUUAACAACCCUGUAUAAUACUAUUCACGAUUUUGUAAAAACAUUUAUAUCUGAAGUUGUUAUUGAAGAGGGUCAAUCUUAUGGUAAUCAUCUUGUUUUAAAAUUACCACAAGAUACAAAAUAUAAUUUUGGUAAAUUAUUAGAUAGUCUUGAAAGUAAUGCUGAAACAUUAAAUAUUAUUGAUUAUAAUAUUAAUAGUUUUAGUUUGGAAGAUUCAUUUUUAUUAAGUAAUAUUGGAGCCACUUUAGAACCUCAUUUACAAAAAAAUAUAGAUUUAAUAAAUAGGAUACCUGGUUUUGAUGAUCGUGUUUCUGGAUAUACAUUAUAUACAAAACAAUUAUUUGCUUUAAUCAAAAAACGUUUUUCAUAUAUGUUAAUUGAUAUAAAGACAAUAUUUUUUGUAGUAAUUAUGACAAUUCUUUUGACAACUUCAUUAUCACAAUUUUUUAAAAAUUAUUCUACAAAUGUUUGUUUAUUAAAUGAAAAUAGAACAACAUUUAAACAAAAUUAUAUUCCAAUGUAUGUUUCAAAUAAAAAGGAAGAAGAUAUACUUGAUAUAAAUAAUAAUAUUAAAAAAAUUGGUAAUUCUUUUAUUAAAUUAAAAAAAAUACCUCAAAAUUAUAAAUUUUGGGAAGAAAAGUUUCCAUUAAAAAUAUCUCCAAAUAUUUCAAAUUAUCAAAGUAUUAUAACAACAAGUUUAUGUUUAAAUUUUUCAUUAUCAUUUAUGGAUAGUUUAAUAAACUUCCAUAGUAAAACAAAUAAUGAUAAUAUAAAAUCAAAUGUAAUAUAUUUAAAAAAAAAUUUUACUAUUAAUAAAGAAAUAGAUAGUAAUAGUGCAUUAGUGAUGAAAUUUUUAACAAAAAAAUUUGAUAUUAAUUGGAAUAUAUUUAUACCAACAUCUCAAAUAAUAAUGAUGUGUAUUGUGACAUAUUUUUUAACUGCAUAUCCAUUAUUAAUUGAAAGAAUCAAAGGUUUUAAACAACAACAAUAUUAUUCUGGUGUUAGUCCAUUUUUAUAUUGGAUAAGUAAUUUUAUAGCUGAUAUUAUUUUGGGAAUUAUUAUUUUAUCAUUAUUAAUUACUUUGUUUGGAGUAUUAGAUGUAGAUUCAUCUUUUAUACCAUUUUUUCAGGCAACAUGUAUAUAUUUUUUUAUGAAUUUACCAGUAUUUUAUUGUUUAACAUUUUUUGGAAAAAAUUUUAUUGAAAAUUGUGGUUUAAUUGGAAUAUUUAUUAUUACAUUUCAAGGAUUAUUAUAUAUAUUUUUUGGAAAAAAUAUUAUUACAAAACAAGAUCAUGAUGAAAAAAAUGCAAAAUAUCUUUGGGAAAUGUUAAAAACAUAUAUGAAUCCAUUUGUCUAUCUUUAUAACGUAAAAUUAGCACAACAAUAUGGUAAUGAAAAUGAUAAAAUUAAUGCAUCAUAUUUUAUGAAUCAUGGUUUAGGAUUAUUUAUAGGAUUUCUAUAUAUAAUAUUAAUAUUUGGAAUUUUAAUAUUAAUGGAAUGUGGAGUUAUAGUAUCAAUAAGAAAUUGGAUAGGAAGAUUAAAAGUUUUAAUAAAUAAUAAUAAUAAUCCAAGAAAUAGGAGAAGAAGGAAAGAUUAUGAAUUUACAAAAACAACUACUACAGAAGGUAGUACUGAUUCUAAUAGUGCAAAUUCAGAUGAAUCUUGUCAUGUAUCAACAAUUAGACCUGAAGAUAAACCAACAAUUAUUUUGGAAAAUGCUAAACCAUAUUUACGUGAUAUAAAUUUACAAAUGAAAUUGAAUGCUGAUGUAUUUCCAGGUGAAUGUUUUUGUUGGUAUAUAAAAGAUGACAAAGAACGUGAAGGUAUUUUUAAUUUUAUGACAGGAAAUAUAAAGAAAAAAGAAGGAUUUAUAACAAUAAAUGAUAAAAAUGUAAAUAGUCAUAUGAGAAUGGGAUAUAGUCCAUCAAAAAAUGUUCUUUUACCAUUUUUUACACCAUUUGAACAUUACAAACUUUUUGCUUUAUUAUCAGGAUUUCGUAAAAGCAAACUUCAAGCUAUAAAUAUGUUAAAUUUAACAGGACUUAUUCAAUAUCGUCACAAACAAAUACAGUAUUGUGAUUUAAAUCAAAAAAGACGUUUAGUUGUUGGUAUUUCAGCAUUAACACAAUCUGGAGCAAUAUUUUUAGAUUCACCAACUGAAUACUUAUAUAAACAAGGUAGAAUUGAAAUAUGGGAAUUAAUUAAUUCACUACUUAUUGAAAAAGAUGAAGCAAUAAUAAUAACAACAAAUAAUUUAGAAGAAUGUAAUGAAUUAUCAAGUAGAUUUGGUAUUAUUGAAAAUGGUUAUAUUGAUUAUAAUGGUACAUAUGUGGGAUUAAAAAAAAAGUAUUGUGAUGGGUAUAAUUUUAAAAUAACUGUUUCUAAUCCAUCAUUAGAAGUUUUAAUAUGCCUUGAUCAAAUAAUGGUUAGGGAAUUUGAAGCUAUACCAGCAGAUUUAACAAAAAUCACUUCACUUAUGGAGUGGGAUAUUCCAAAAAUAACAAAUGAAGGUAAAUUAUUAUCAUGGUCUGAUAUGUACACAUUUGGUGAAAAAUUAUUUUUACGUUAUGGAAAAUUAGUUUUGCCAACACAAUAUUCUGAAAAAAAUAGUAGUAAACAAAAUUUUAAUAAAUUUGAUUUGUCAACUACUGACACUGCUUCAACUACAUCAGAAGAGAGUAGGCUAUUAGAAGAAGGAUUUCAUGACGAUGAAGAUGAUGAUGAUAAGGCAGAUAAAGUUUUGGGAUAUGGUGGUAUACGAUCAAAUAUAACUGUUCCACAUAUUAUAGAUUAUAUAAUUACUAACAAUAGCCUUGAUCAAGUAAUAUUUAAGAUACAAAAUAGUAAUUUGUAA